AUGGUGCUCGUUUUGACAACUGACACCAGAGGUGAGAACGGUGCAAUUGCUAGAGACCGUUUUGGUUCGAUCACUUCCAUCCCACAAUCGCCAGCCUUGGGCAAGAAAACUAGAAUGUCUUUCAGCGAAGGUCGUCGUCCAUCUUUCUUGAAGGAGAGAGAGCAACAUCCAGCUGCUGAGUUGGAAAAAUUGGGCUCGAAAUUGGUCUCCCAACCACCAGCAGGUAACUUGUCAGAUUCCAAUGCUUUAAUCAACUAUAUCAGACACCACAACGUUUUCUUGCGCAACUCGGUUUUGUCUGUUAAGGAUUUCACAAGAGCAGACAUGCACAGCUUGUUUACCGUCGCUCAAGAAAUGAGAUUAGCUGUCGAAAGACAGGGAGUCUUGGACUUGUUGAGGGGUCGUUUGUUGGCUACAAUGUUCUACGAGCCAUCGACCAGAACUUCUUCUUCUUUUGACGCUGCUAUGCAGAGAUUGGGAGGUAGAGUUGUUGCUGUGGCCGCUGGUUCAUCUUCUGUCAAGAAGGGUGAGACCUUGCAAGACACCAUUCGGACAUUGGCUUGCUACUCUGACGCUAUCGUGUUGAGACACCCAGAGGAAGAGUCUGCAGAAAUUGCUGCUAAAUAUUCGCCAGUUCCAAUUAUCAACGGUGGUAACGGAACCAAGGAACACCCAACCCAGGCUUUGUUGGACUUGUUCACCAUCAGAGAAGAGUUGGGUACUGUGAAUGGUAUCACUGUCACCUUCAUGGGUGACUUGAAAUAUGGCAGACCAGUGCACUCAUUGUUGUACUUGUUGCGUCAAUACCACGUGAGAGUGCAAUUGGUUGCUCCAAAGGAAUUGGCGUUGCCUUCCAGCCUUAGAGAUAUGUUGGUGGAAAACAACAUGUUGGCUUCGGAAACUCAAGAGUUGACACCAGAAAUUAUUGCUAAGUCCGACGUCUUGUACUGUACUAGAGUACAGGAAGAACGCUUCCAAGACAGAGAGCAAUACUUGAGAUUGAAGGACACUUACGUGGUGGACAACAAGAUCUUGUCGCAUGCUAAGCAACAUAUGUGCGUGAUGCACCCAUUGCCUAGAACAUCGGAGAUCAAGGAAGAAGUGGACUUUGAUCAAAGAGCUGCAUACUUCAGACAAAUGAGAUACGGAUUAUACGUGAGAAUGGCCUUGUUGGCUAUGGUCAUCGGUGUGGACUUUUAA